CACUCCGACUCCGACCAAAAGCAGCAACGAUGCACUCUCUGGCAGUCCUUCUCUUCAUCGGCGCGGCCGCCGCACAGUUCCAGUGCCCCGCGGAGGAUGGUUUCUACCCCGACAACAAGCAGUGCGACAAGUACUAUGACUGCUACCGAGGCACCAUGACCGAGAAGGUGUGCCCUGACGGCCUCGUGUUCGACAUCGCCCAGGCCCCCAAAGUGGAGCAGUGCAACUACCCCUUCCUCGUCGAGUGCGGCGAGGGAAGCACACUCCAAAUCGCCCAGCCCUCCGGUAUCGAGUGCCCGCGCCAGAACGGAUACUUCGAGCACGAGGAUCCCUCCAACUGCGCUCAGUACUACGAAUGCACCAACGGUGAGGCCGUGCUCCGCACAUGCGCCACCGGCCUCGUCUUCGAUGAGUUCUCUGGCACCUGCCAGUGGGCCAGCGCUGGAUUCAGGACUGGCUGCGGAGAGCGCGUUGAGGUCCUCCCCGACGGCUUCAGCUGCCCCAACGAGACCCAGGUGCACACCAACGGCCAGGCCCUCGACCACACUCGCCACGUCAAGCCCAGUGACUGCCGCUUCUUCUACAUCUGCAACGAGGGCAAGUACCCCCGUGAGGUUGGAUGCCCCCAGGGCACCGUCUUCAACGAUAACACCCUUAACUGCGACGAUCCUCGCAACGUCCCCGGAUGUGAGAACUACUACCCCGACGAUGACGUCUCCGCCGUCGCUCGUGCUGGCAUUAACAUCUAAACGGCUCAGUAGAAAUGUAACGCGAAUUCAUCAUUUGUUCUAUUUUUUCAUUUGUUUUGCAACAGGAAUUCGUCAUUUGUUUAAUUUUUCUACUUUUCUUGAGAAAUAAGUAGUUCAAACUCUAUGAGUUAUUUUUGGUAAUCGAUUGGAAAUUUCCCGAAGUCGAUGUUCCUUUGUAUAAGAACUGCGGUUUCUCAGAGAAGGCCAAUAUCUUGUAAUGAGUACCAACGAUCUAUUCAAAAGACAACUAUCCCCGAACACUUCAACUUCCAAAAGUGCAUUUAUGAUUAUGCUGAAGCCAAGGAUUCGGACAAUUUAUAACGGACGACGCUCUAGUCUCUAAUGAACAUCGUAUAAAUCUUAGUACAUCAGUAUCAGAAUAACUUUUAUGAAAGAGAACCAUGUACAGUGACUUACAUAUUCUUUUGUUUUAUAAUGCAAAUUAUUUCCCCCUUCUAGAUGUUUCCGAAACUUGUGUAUAGCUAACCACUGUAAGUUUGAUAUCUGUGAUUUAGACAUCUUAUUCUUCAGUAUUUUCUUCUUCAUUUCGUAUUUUUCAUUUUCUCUCUUUCUUUUUUUCUAGAAUCCCUUGUUCUAUUGUUAUUUAUAAAUGCACAUCAACACUUGUUGCGUGCCCACAAAAUAAAAAAUGUGUCGUU